AAGUCAAAGGGGAUAAUUUCCAAAUUCAGAAAAAGAGGGAAAUACCAGGAAGUCAGCGGAGAGGAAGAGGUCACUUGGAUAGCCACAUAGGGCAGACAGUAACGCAAGCCUCACCCUGUGAGGAGGGAAACAGUCGUUUUAAUCAAAGCACCACCAAACAAGGGAUCAGAAAUAGUUUUGAUCUCCUCAAGAAUCCAAGAAUAUCAGUGGUGGAAAAGCCCCACGGAGUUGUAUAUUGUGGGAAAAGCCCAGAUCACAGCUGAUUAUGCAUGAGAACACCCAUACCAGCAAGGACGCCUACCAGCGUUCUCAAUUUGCCAUCCUGGUGAAUCACAAGAGGACUCACACGAGGGAGAAACCGUAUGAGUGUCCGGAUUGUGGGAAAAGUUUCAGUUGGAAGUCCAAACUGCUGAGACACCAGGAGACACACACAGGACAGAAACCGUAUGAGUGUCCGGAUUGUGGGAAAAGUUUCAGUCAGAAUUCCCACCUGGUGAUACACCAGAGUACUCACACAGGAGAGAAACCGUAUGAGUGUCUGGAUUGUGGGAAAAGUUUCAGUCAGAAUUCCAACCUUGUGAUACACCAGAGGACUCACACAGGAGAGAAACCGUAUGAGUGUCCGGAUUGUGGGAAAAAUUUCAUUCAGAGUUCCCAGCUGGUGAGACACCAGAGGACUCACACAGGAGAGAAACCGUAUGAGUGUCCGGAUUGUGGGAAAAGUUUUGGUUGGAAGUCCAAUCUCAUGAUACACCAGAGGACUCACACAGGAGAGAAACCAUAUGAGUGUCCAGAUUGUGGGAAAAGUUUCAGUCGGAAGUCUGAAAUGGUGAAACACCAGAGGACUCACACAGGAGAGAAACCGUAUGAGUGUCCGGAUUGUGGGAAAAGUUUUUGUUUUAAGUCCAAUCUGGUGAUACAUCAGAGAACUCACACAGGAGAGAAACCAUAUGAGUGUCUGGAUUGUGGGAAAAGUUUCUGUUUGAAGUCCAACCUGUUAAAACACCAGAGGACACACACAGGAGAGAAACCAUAUGAGUGUUCUGAUUGUGGGAAAAGUUUCAGGCGGAAAUCUGAUCUAGUACAACAUCAGAGGACACACACAGGAGAGAAACCAUAUGAGUGUCCAGAUUGUGGGAAAAGUUUCAGUCGGAAUUCCCACCUGGUGAUACACCAGAGGACUCACACAGGAGAGAAACCAUAUGAGUGUCUGGAUUGUGGGAAACGUUUUAGUGUGAAUUCCGACCUGGUGAUACACCAGAGGACUCACACAGGAGAGAAACCGUAUGUGUGUCUGGAUUGUGGGAGAGGUUUCUGUGUGAAGUCCAACCUGGUGAUACAUCGGAGGACUCACACAGGAGAGAAACCAUAUGAGUGUCUGGAUUGUGGGAAAAGUUUCAGUCGGAAAUAUGAACUGGUGGUUCACCAGAGGACUCACACAGGAGAGAAACCGUAUGAAUGUCCGGAUUGUGGGAAAAGUUUCAGUGUGAAUUCCCACCUGGUGAAACACCAGAGGACUCACACUGAAGAGAAGCCAUAUGAAUGUCUGGAUUGUGGGACAGGUUUCAAGCGGAAUUCCCACCUGGUGAUACACCAGAGGACUUACACAGGAAAGAAACGGUAUGAGUGUCUGGAAUGUGGGAAAAGUUUCUGUUUUAAGUCCAACCUGGUGAUACAUCAGAGGACUCACACAGGAGAGAAACCAUAUGAGUGUCCGGAUUGUGGGAAGAGUUUCAGUCAGAAUUCCAGCCUGGUGAAACACCAGAGGACUCACACAGGAGAGAAACCGUAUGAGUGUCCAGAUUGUGGGAAAAGUUUCAGUCAGAAUUCCAACCUUGUGAUACACCAGAGGAUUCACACAGGAGAGAAACCGUAUGAGUGUCCGGAUUGUGGGAAAAGUUUCAGUCGGAAUUCCGAUCUGGUGAUGCACCAAAGGACUCACACAGGAGAGAAACCGUAUGAGUGUCCGGAUUGUGGGAAAGAUUUCAGUCGGAAUUCGGAUCUGGUGAUGCACCAAAGGACUCACACAGGAGAGAAACCAUAUGAGUGUCCGGAUUGUGGGAAGGAUUUCAUUGCUAGAUCUAGCCUUAUAAAUCAUGUAGGUUUACACAUAGGAGAGAAGCCAUUCAAAUGCCCAGACUGUGGACGGUGCUUCACAAACAAUUCCUACCUUAGCAGACACAAGAAAAUGCACAUGAGGGAGAAGAUGCUAGGUGUAGAGAAGGCUUGAAUUUCACUCCUCAUCUCCCAUUGGACAUCCAGCUAAAAAGUUAAGUAUUUAAUUUCUGGCCUUCUUUUUGGUCAAACAUGUUUGACAUGAGGGAGGAGAGAAAAAAAUGGAAAAUGAUAGUUUGAGAAAGGCUAACUGCAAGUACUUGGCAAUCAGCAGAAGUUCCCAGUAAUCUGCUGCAGGUCCUAAAAGAUGCAUGAAAAAAAGAUGGAACCACUCAGAUUUUAUGAGAGAAGAUAUUAUGGAAGUUUAUGGCAGUGACAAAAGCCCUGUAAAGUUUCAGAUGGAAAGGCUGUUCUGCCUUGCAGUUGAACAUGAUGGAUAAGACCUGUAGGAAUAUUGACUUGAGGAGAAAAGUCACUGUGGGUUGGAGCGUAGGAUCUCCAGGUUUAGUAACAGCCCCUGCUGUGAUCCUGUUUCCUUGGAGGUGCCUGCUUGGUAGCCUUUGAUGCCAAGAGUCUGACCCUUCUGUUAAAUCCGCUUGGUGGUGGAGAUGGAAGGUCUUUCAUGUCUAGAAAUGGAUUGUGUAAGACUUUUAAGAAAGAAAAUAACUGCGUCGUGUCUGUUCCUGUGAACGUGGGGCCACGGUAAGGCAAAGCUCCCUACAAGUAAAGAGAGGAUAAUUAUUUGAGCCGCUAAGUGGCAUUUUAGCUAUGCAGAUGAAAGAUCCUGAUUCUCCUGAGUCCAGAAGACACCAAAGAAUUCAAGGCUUGUUCAUUUUAGGAACCCAAUUCAGAGAUCAGGUUAUAAUUUUUUUCCCUAGGAGAUCAUUUUGCAUAUUUAUUUAUUUAUUAUUCGCGUUUCCAUUACCUCCCAUUUCCCCCCAAAAGGGGGACUCUGAUCCCUUUGCAGAAGGGCACUCAACAGCCAGGACUAGGCCAGGGGUCGGGAGGAAGCAAGAGGCUCUUUUGGCCUGAGCCUUAAGCUCUGAGUGGCUUCAAACUUAAUCGUCUGCAAAGUUGUUAAACUUUAAAGUAUUCAAAUUAAAUUUAA